AUGACGUGUUCUUACAAAGUUGCCUGUUUUCUGCUGGGAUUUUUGCUAUUUGAAAGUUAUGCCUUCGCAACCGAAAAGAGUUUUCGACAGAAACGCUGCAUUGUUGUCCAAAAGCAAUCAGGAACUCAUGGCGAUAGCACUGAAGACGGUGGUGGUGACGAAGAUCGAUCCUCUGAGCCCAGGGACUUCAAACCUCAUAGGAAAAGGGUUCAAGACCCGCUAGAAAACAUACAUCACGAUGUAGAGGUAAAACAACUUUUAUUUAUUAAAAACAAAUAUAAAAGGGAGAAUGUGUAUUUGAAGUAA